CACCACUACAACUAGCCGCUUACAUUUUAAAUGGCGUAAAAGUUGGACGAAAUAACGGGAUUUUAUCGCAAUUUUUUUUUUUUUUACAGUAGCAAAAGACAACUGGAUUGCGAGGUAGGUCGCUUGAAGAAGGGACAUUUAAGGAGCCAGUUUUCAAGCAGUGUGCCUUCACAACUUAGUAGAGACAGUGGAGUUUGUAUAGGCUAGCCCGCCCGCUAGAGUUCGCUGGAUAUUUUGUUGGGCGCUAGGUACUCCAGUAAUUUGUUGAACUAUGGCGCUCAAGGCGAGGGCUUUAUACAACUUCAAUUCCGAAAACCCAGGGGAGAUAUCGGUAAAGGAAAAUGAAAUAGUGAGUUUGUACAGCGAACAGGACAUUGAAGGAUGGCUAGAAGGGUCCAACGGCAAAGGCGAGAGAGGACUCUUCCCCGCGUCCUACGUCGAGAUCCUGAAGAACGAUACCGCGUCCACGUUUAACGACAGCGGCACAUCAGAGGAUACUUACCAGGGAUCCCGAUACGCCAAUAGUUCAACCGGAGGUUUCGGGGACACCUCUUAUAAAAUCCAAAAUCUAAUUGAAAACUUGUCCAAAACAUCAGCAACAUCGUCUGGGUUUACAGCGUUACCACCGCCUGCCCCAGCACAGCCGUCGCAGCACGGUUACCAAGCCAGCCAGGGCAGCGAUGACGACUGGGAUGAAGACUGGGAUGACAGCUCGACGGUGGCGGACGAGCCCGGCGUUGUUGGGGGUGGUAACCAGGGGGACUUUGACGGCAACGGACCGUCUACAUACAGCCUGUCAACAUCUUCUGUGUCCAGAGGUGGCAACGCUCAACAAGCCAAGAGCUCUGCCACGGUCAGUAGGAACCUCAAUAGGUUUUCAACAUUUGUGAAAUCAGGUGGGGAAGCGUUUGUGUUAGGUGAGGCAGCUGGGUUUGUAAAAGAUGGGGAUAAGAUAUGUGUUAUAAUGGGGCAGUACGGCCCAGAAUGGCAGGAAAACCCGUACCCCUUCGCCUGUACCAUCGACGACCCCACCAAGCAGACCAAGUUCAAAGGAAUGAAGAGUUACAUUGCCUACAAGCUGACGCCCACCCACACACAGACGCAGGUAAACAGGAGGUAUAAACACUUUGACUGGCUCUAUGCCCGGCUGGUGGAGAAGUUCCCUGUCAUCUCGGUGCCCCACAUCCCAGAGAAGCAGGCGGCGGGGCGGUUUGAGGAGGACUUCAUCUCUAAACGGAGGAAGGGCUUGAUAUGGUGGAUGACUCACAUGACCAGCCACCCGGUCCUGUCCAAAUGUGACGUGUUCCAGCACUUCCUCACCUGCAACAGCAUGGACCAGAAGUCAUGGAAGCAGGGGAAGAGGAAGGCAGAAAAGGAUGAGAUUGUGGGGGCCAACUUCUUCCUCACUAUCUCCUCGCCCUCGGGACCCCCCCUGGACCUGGUAGAGGUCGAGUCCAAGAUCGAUGGCUUCAAAGCUUUCACUAAGAAAAUGGACGACAGCGUGGUCCAAGUCAACGCCACCACCAACGAAUUCGCCCGUAAACAGAUCACAUGGUUUAAGAAGGAGUACCAGAAAGUGGGCCAGGCGUUUAAUGUACUGGGGCAGGCGUUUGAGCUGGACCAGCAGGCAUACUCUGUGGGGUUGAACCAGGCGAUAGCGUACACCGGAGAGGCAUACGAUGCUAUCGGAGACUACUUUGCAGAGCAGCCGAGACAUGAUGUGGACCCGUUAAUGGAUUUGUUGCAGCUGUACCAGGGACAUCUGGCCAACUACCCUGAUAUCAUCCACGUACAGAAAGGAGCACUUACCAAGGUGAAGGAGUCCCAGAAGCACGUUGAGGAAGGCAAGAUGGACGCUGCCCAGGCGGAAGGCGUCAACGAACGCUGCAACAUCAUCUCCUUUGCCACGCUGGCAGAGAUCCAGCACUUCCACCAGAUCAGGGUGAGGGACUUCAAGGCCCAGAUGCAGCAGUAUCUAACAGAGCAGAUUGGCUUCUUCCAGAAGGUCACCGGCAAGCUGGAAGAGGCCCUGCAGAAGUACGACAACGCUUAGAGUAGGGGGGGGACGGAGGGACACCCCUGAUUGGCCUAGAUCUGAUCGGCCACUUUCUGAUUGGUCCAGAUCUGACCCUUGACCUCGCUCAGUCAGCCAAUCACCGAAGCCCCAGCUGGACAUUACAGUCAACCGCCAGACAGCAAGACAAUCCACUGUGAGAAAGAGACAGACAAACCUGGAUAGUCUCCUGAAGCCAGGAUGUUGAUUCCAUGAAUGGUGGCUACUGUUGAAGGGGCUUGAGUUGACAUUUUAGUUUGGUUUUAAUGGGGGGUGUGGUAUAGUAGAUCAGAGCCUCAGAAAUGAGACUUUCCUACCAGGAAAGCUAAAAGGUUACAAAGCAAAAGGUCAUAAAGCCUUUGGCUUCUACAUGUAUUGAUUGAUAACCACAGACUGUGGGUUGGCUGGUAGGGAUAGGAGUCCAGUGAGUGGGAGGAUGUGCUAUAAUCAGAAUCUGAGGGAAAACGAUGUAUGACGUGUAGGCUAAG